GCCAACCCUAACCCAGAACCCGCUCCGGCGCUCCCAUUGUCCUCACCGCUCUGUUUCUCUCUCUCUAAAUUUUCUCUGUGACUUUCUCUCUCUUCACUUUUUUCUGUAAUUUUGGCAGAUUAUUUUCCCUAUUUUUUUUUUAAAGCAAUGGAGGUGGGUGGUUUGAGCUCAGAAGUGCCUGCCCUGACGGAAACUGUGGUGAUGUCUGUGUUGGAAGCUGUGGUAGCUGAGACCCUUUUGGUUGCUCAGAGAUCUGCUGCCUGUCUGUUCAUAGUGACGGGAUGCCUUCUGAGGAACAAUGGUGCGUUGCCAGAUCUGUCAAGGGUGGAACAAAGGUUUCCCUUUGAGGAGCUCCACAAAAAGAACGAAGCUGAGGUCGAGAAUAAAGAUGGCAGUGAUACCGAGGAUGACGAUGAAGAUGACGACGGUGAUGGUGGCGAUGACCAGGACGAUGAUGAUGCUGGGGAUGAAGACUUCUCGGGUGACGAAGGGGGAGAGGAUGACGAUGAAGGGGAUCCCGAGGAAGAUCCCACAGCCAACGGAAAUGAAGGAAGCGAUGACGAAGACGAGGACGACGAUGGAGACGAGGACGAGGACGGUGACGAGGAGGACGAAGAAGAAGAGGACGAGGAGGACGAAGAGGACCAACCACCCGCCAAGAAGAGGAAGUGAAGGUGUUUUAGAUGGUGUUCAUUCUACCUGCCUCCAUGUAAUGGUUGGGAUUAUAUCUUAGUAACUAGGACCCCCAAGUUUAGCUUUGUCUGGCUCUUUGUAGCUUAGGAAAUUGACCAUCCUUGUUUAGACUGAAGUGCUUUUAUUAUGUGAGAGAUUGUUGUGACUUGUGGUAUAUGUUCCAUUUGAUUCACUUUAGUUGCAUUGCAUUAUUGAUCAACUCUAUCUUAUUUUCAA